ACAGGUGCACCGCAUGUGGAGAGAUCAGUCCCCAGUGAUGACCAGACAAUUGUGAAUCCUACCGCCAAAACGCGUACGAAACUUUGCUGCUAAUUUAACUAUACUUAUACGCCGGCCUACAUUGUUUCACAAAAAUGAACACAGAAGAAAUAGUCCAAGAAGUUCUGCAGGGGCAUCUAACGUCACGGAAAUUGCCGACGCCGAGACUAGUGAAGAUUUUCAUAGCUUCUACGAGAACUGAUUUCGCAGAAGAACGGAGACAGUUGCUGGAGACGGUGGGGCCUGAGCUGCAGAGCCAGUACGACCAAUUCGGCCUUGAGGUUGAACUGGUGGACAUGCACUACGGCACAGAGGUUGAUCCUACGUACGAUCCUUCUCUGUUUGAAGAUCACCUGCAGGAGAUACGAGAUUGCCAUCGGGUAUCGAGGGGAUGCUUCUUCCUGUGUUUGGUUGGAAAUAAAUAUUUACCCUGCCCUCUACCGGAGAAACUAGAAUUGGAACAGUAUGAGGCUAUCUACUCAGAAUCACGUGACCUCGGUCUGAAAACUGAUUUGCUGGAUACGUGGUACAAUCGGGAUGAUACCAGCUACGUCUUACAACAACCAAGUGACGUUCGAACAGAGGAAUGGGAAAUCGAAUUCCAGGAACUGCAAGAGGUAAUCCAAAUAUCUGCGCGAAAUCUCGCAGCCAGUGAGACACGUGUACUUCCCAUUAAGUUCCGUCACCUCACGUACUCCGCAGUGGAGAGGCAGUUCAGCCACGCUCUCGGUUUGGCUCCAGGAACUGCCCAUCACAUUCUGGCUGUCAUCAGGGACUGGGAGAAGCUGGAGGACGGCGAGUCACAUUUCCAGGAUGUUGACCCUCAAGGACUUCCGCAUAAAUGUUACCGGGAACAACUGAAGAACUUCAGGGACCGCCUUGCCGCGGCUCUGCCCAACGACAACCGAGCCUUCCUGACAGUACCGUGGAAGCCCGGAGGAUUGGAUACGGAGUGUGAGGAACACGAGGCUUAUCUAAGCAAGUUUCGGGAAACCGCGUCAUCCAAGUUACAGGCUCUCAUCAACCGCAGCCUGGAAGAAGAACCGGAAAUUAAAGCCCGCAACAAAACCGUGCAGGAAGUGUUCCAAGAGACGCUGAGCCACCUGGCACUGUGCCAGCAGCACAUGUGCAGUGAGGAGGCGGUUGAUUGGACUGGCACCGAUACUCUUGAGAGAAUCAAGACUCUCAUGAUUACCGGUUAUGAGACUGUUGGCCCCGGAACACGUCACGGACCGGUGUUGGUCCAUGGAUCCCACGGUACCGGUAAAUCCUCCAUCAUAGGCGCUGUGUACUCCAACUGCGAAGCGUGGUUUGGCCGUCGUCUGUUCCGCAUCGUCAGAUUCUCCGGAGCUACUCCGCGCUCCGCAUAUAACCUGGAGCUACUCCGUGUGAUAUGUCAACAACUUUGCCUCCUUCUCCAUCUUUCUGAUGGUUUUUUGCCUAAAGACGCAUCCUUCGAUCCUCUGUAUGUUAAUAACUGGUUUCAAACGCUAGUACGGCGGUUUGAAGAAUCUGCUACGAAUGAAUUACUUGUUAUUCUAAUCGAUGACCUUCACCGUUUGAAUCCAUUGGACUCGGACAUUGUCGCGGCUUUGUCAUGGUUGCCAAUCAGUCUUCCCAGAAAUGUGCACAUUGUUGGAACCACUCUGUUGCCUCCAGAGUCAUUGAAACUGACACCUGUACAAAGGGAGAGGUUCCGAAGUCCAGACUGCUACAUCGAGCUUUUUCCAGAUCCCGGGGUCGCCACGCUGGAGCCGCGCAUCGAGUCGGCGCUGAAUGACCUGGAGAAUCUGUUCGGGAACCUGGCCAUCGGGCGACUGGCAAGUUUCCUCACUUGCACUGAGUUCGGUCUGUCCGAGACAGAGCUCCUGGAACUGCUCAUGCCCACAUCCAACAGCGCAGCCACUCUCACGCUCCGCAGCGGCAAUUACAACUUCUCGACGCUAUGCGCCGUGCGGCGGAGGAUGGAGCCUCUAAUUCGUGAGAAGCUGAUGAGUGGGAAGAUGCUGGUGUGUUGGCGACAUGACUUGACAUCAGAGGUGGCCCGCAAGAGGUAUCUGCAGAGCCAGGAUUCCCUGCGAUCAACUCAUGGUGAAAUUGCAAACCUCUUCUUUAGUGAAUUUUCACAACAGGGCAGUGAUGCAGAAACAGAACAGGCAGAUACAUCACCGAUGGAGAACAAAGAAACUCCUUUUCAAACUACACUGCAGUUAGAUGAUGUCACAUACAGUUUGCGACAUGUAGAGGAAUCAUGGAUCCAUCUGCUCAAAGCUGGUGACAGCAGCCGACUGAAGCAGCUGACGGUGUGCAACUUUGAUUUCCUGCUGGCUGCAGUACAGACUGUAUCUGUCAGUUACCUGCGAUGUGUGUUAGAACAUGUGCGCUGCUAUUUAUUGGACAGGGACCUGGAACUGGUGUACUACACCAUCAGGAAAUCUAGUGAUGUCUUAACACGUGACCCCUUACAGCUCGGGGCACAGGUCAUCUGCUGGCUGAGACCUGUUGCAGAUGCCAGUGGAGAUCUUGUGAGUCACAUGAUAACUUGUGCCAUGGCAUGGUGUGAUGGCUAUACUGCACCUCUGCUAGUACCACUAAAUGGAUGGCUUCAACCACCACUACCACUUCAGAUUAAAAGUUUACAUUGUCCAGCUGGAGUGAAGCUGAUUGAGCCAACUCCAUCUGGACAGCACGUGGUGGUGGUCCCACAAACAGGAGACCCACAGUUAUGGCAUGUUAUGUCAAACUCUCUCACUUACACAUUCAAAGGUCAUAGUGGACCAGUUCUCUGCUUAGCAAUCACAAAACAAUCUCAGUAUCUUCUUACUGGCUCAGAUGAUAUUUCAAUAAUUGUAUGGGAUCUCAAAUUGCUCAAACUUAAACUCCGAAUAUAUGAACACAUAGCUCCUGUUCUCUGCCUCAUCCCAGCACUGAACAAUUCUGUCAUUGUGAGUGGCGGAGAGGACUCACGAGUCAUCAUAACCUCGCUGCUGACAGGCGAUGUUGUGAUGAAAAUAGACCAUCACAGGGGUCCUGUAACGUCAGUUAAGGUCAACACUGCGGGGGAUGUACUCAUCUCGGGUUCAUCUGACUCCACGAUCUGCCUGUGGUUACUGGAGAACUUCAGUCUAUUGAACACAAUUAGCUUGCGAUUUCCAAUUACCAUGCUUGAUGUAUCUAGUGAUUCUGUGUUCCUAGUGGCAGCCUGUGAAGACAAUCAACUAUACCUACAUUCACUGACUACAGGAACAGAGAUUCAUAGCCUCCGUGGACACAAAUCAGAGAUUAGGUCUUUCUGCCUUGCUCAAGAUAAUCGAAGAGCUGUGGUUGGAGGGGCUGAUGGCAAGAUCUACAUCUUUGACAUGCACAGUGGCCGACUGAGUCGGACAUUGACUAGCCAUUCCACUGAUGUCACAGGAGUCAAAGUGACUGACAAAGAUGAUUUUCUUGUGACAGCUGGUGGAAAUCGCAUCACAUUCUGGAGCUUCCGCCGUGAGGAUGGAGUAGGACCUACAAGUGGCAGAAUUAGUCCUCUAGGCAGCAGUCAAAAGACAUCACAGCAGUCUCAACAGAACCACACAGCUCCUAUCACAUGCUUGGAUAUCUCUCGGGAUGGCCUAAUGGCAGUUACAGGAUCAGUGGACAGUCUGGUAAAUAUUUGGCAGCUCAAUACUCAUGAACUACACUCAACAUUGGAAGGUCACUUUGCUUCUGUUACAUGUGUGGCAUUCUCUCCAAAUGGACUAUUUGCAGUCUCAGGAUCAGAAGACAAGACGGCCAGAGUAUGGGGCCUUACACUGGGUCUAGUGGUUUCAACAUUUAAAGGUCAUCAAGCCACAGUCACAGCUGUGGCUAUCAUGUUGGACAGCCGUCGUGUUGUGUCCAGUGAUCAGCAGGGAGUUCUGGCAGUAUGGUUAGCAGACAAUGCUACAUUGCUGCAUUCGUGCAUUGGCCCAGGAAUGUGUCUUGCAGUUACAAACAACAUGAAAUAUGUAGUAUGUGGCAGUGGUGAUAACAGUUUGCGAAUAUGGUCAUUGAAUCGUGAAGAUGAGAAGUAUAUAGUAUCACACAGUGAAGAAGUAACAUGCUUUGUAUUAACAAUGGAUUCACUCCACGUAAUCACAGGUUCACGGGACAUGUCUCUCAAGGUGUGGCAGGUAGCAGGAGGGAAACUAGCUCAGGUAUUGGUGGGUCAUUCUGAUCAUGUGACAUGCGUGGCUGUCUCCAUCUUGAACAAAUCACUGGUAGUAUCAGGGUCACGUGAUUCAAAUCUUAUCAUAUGGGAUAUUAACACUGGCAAUGACAUUCAUGUACUUACAGGCCACCUUGGCUAUGUCACAUGUGUGAAAGUCACUGGAGAUGGCAGUUUGGCUGUGUCAGGUUCUGAAGACAAAAGUAUCAUAGUAUGGGACACAAAACGAGGGCGUGCCAUAUCCUCUCUCCAGUUGCAUAUUCCAAUCCUGAAUCUGGAGAUGUCAACAGAUGCUUCACGUAUUGCCGUGUACCUCUUGGAGAACCGCUGCCUACCUAUAGUCUGUCUUCAUAACACUCCAGCAACUUAUGUUAAAAUGCCCACUUAUGUUGCUCCUGCUAAGGAAAUAGAGGAUCUCAGACCAUCAGCUCCAAAAAGACCCAUGAGACGCCUACUGAAGAAGGAGGUUUCUUUGGAUACAUACACUUGGCAGAAAAAGUAUGGUCAUCUGACAUCAUCAAUCAUGAUGGCUGCUGUGGAUGAACGCCUCAAACGGAGGUUCUCUGUCUCAGCAAGCAUGGAAGAGAUCUCAAAAAUACCGUCAAAAGGCAACAUGGGCUCACAGGGGAUUGGACCAGAGCAGGCAGCAUUAGCUCAGUCACAGCACUUUGAUCAGUUGGAAGCCCUGUGGAACAAACGUUCUCCUCCACGUCGGCGUCACAAUCAGUCACUGUCUAAGCAGAAUUCUCGAACGAGUCGCCGUGAUUCAUCAGAUACAGGAGAUGACCGAACUCCAGGAGAGGAGAUUGUAGAUUUUCAUUUAUUUAAACACAAACACCAAAAAUGUUUAAAAUAUCUCCCAGGUGACAGAAUGUGUGUGUGAUAUCUGUUCUUCUCACCAUGGCCAAAACUUCAGGUGUCUGCCAAACAAUCUUCUCAGUGCAAUAAUACGUGGCUUUUACCUUAGGAUGUCAAAUGUCCUUAUUUUCUCUAAGCAGACUUGGUGAGUUGUGCUUAUUUCUAUGGUGAAUGUUGUAUAAUACUCAUGUUUCAGUGGCUCAGUAAUUAUGUUUCAAGACAAUUUUUAGCUUUAAGUUUUCACCUGUUACAGAAAAUACCUUAGAAGUAAACUAUUUUAAAAUGUGUAAAUUACCCAUCUUCACAAAUAUGAAAGUAAAGAAUUAUUUGUAAGCCCCUAACUACUACAAUAAACCAAAUACUGUGACUGACAUAAAUGGAACACAUAUUCAGUAAAACAUACCUAAAACACAGGCUCUUCCAUUUACAACACAACCCCAACUGCUGCACAUAAACCCCUUCAUCAAUAAAACAUCAAAACAUAAAUAUGCAUUUAUUCUUCCUUUUGUUUUUUUAUUUGUUUUACAACAUUGUUCUUUAUUUUUUAAUUCAUUCAGUUUUUUGCUCCCCCUCCCCUAUAUUGCUGCCCUAGGUGACCACCUAAGUUGCCUAAUGGUUAAACUGUCUGUGGACAUGGUAGUUUAAAGAAAAUGACAUUGCCUUCUACUGACAGGUGAAGAGAACUUUAUCUCAUAGCAGGAUAAGUGUUUUCGUCUUCAGAGAGAAUGCAUUGAUACUGUAUUAUUUGUUGAAGAUUCAAUAAACCACUUAAGAAAUA